AUAUUGAAUAAUCUUGAAGCCCUUCCUGCUUUCUUUCUAGGGAUGUAGGAUUUGUGUCAUUGAACUUACAAACUUUGUCACCUCAUUCUUUAGGGCUCUGCUCAGUAUCUUCAGGUCUUAGCAUCCCAGGCAGAACACGGAGGGAUGCCUCUAAGGACUGCAAGUGGUGGAGAGAUAACAACCAUGUUCCCCAGAGGCUGCCAGGUUGGUCCCUGGAGUCAAUGUGAGUUUGUCCUGCAGCGAAGCUUGGGAGUUGGGCACUGAGAAUGCUGAGCUGGAGUGGGGACCUGCAGCCCCUUGAUCAGCGACCUGUUUUCAUCUUGGUUCUCCUGGUCAAACCAUCUGGCUGCCUGAGCAAGCCCCUUGCAGGUGAUUUUGCUGUUUGAAUAGCCCCAAAGCAUAUACAAGAAGGCUUACUAUGUCUUACAGAGAAACUGCAUGUGUUAGGUGCUGUGGUGCAGUAAAUGUAAUUUGAAGACCAGAAGGAACCGAUGGCUUUAGCUGGUGGCCCAGAUUCCUUUUUGCACCAUCUGUACUACCAGGACCAGGUGGAGCAGACCUCGCCCCAUAGUGCACGUGAGCUGGCAGGACCUGGCUUCCCAGCACAGUCUGACCGGUUGGCAAAUCACCAAGAGGAUGACGUGGACCUGGAGGCCCUGGUGAAUGACAUGAAUGCGUCCUUGGAGAGUUUGUACUCUACCUGUGGCAUGCAGUCGGAGACAGCACCGCGCCUUCAGAAUGGCCCGCAUACCCGCAGCCAGCCUCCCUCCGGAGACAGGCCCCUCCAACCGCAGGUGUCCCCUCGGCAGAAGGUGCAGCGUUCCCAGCCCAUGCACAUCCUCGCUGUCAGGUGCCUGCAAGAAGAAGACCAGCAGUUUAGAACCUCAUCUCUACCAGCCAUCCCCAACCCCUUCCCUGAGCUCUGCGGCCCAGGGAGCCCCCAUGUGCUCACACACGGCUCCCUACCUCCCAGCCAGGCCGCUGUGAAGCAGGAUGUUAAAGUCUUCAGUGAAGAUGGGACAAGCAAAGUUGUGGAAAUCCUAGCAGACAUGACAGCCAGGGACCUGUGCCAGUUGCUUGUGUACAGAAGUCACUGUGUGGAUGACAACAGCUGGACACUGGUGGAGCACCACCCGCACCUGGGACUAGAAAGGUGCUUGGAAGACCAUGAAUUAGUGACGCAGGUGGAAAGUACCAUGGCAAGUGAAAGUAAAUUCUUAUUCCGGAAGAAUUAUGCAAAAUACGAGUUUUUCAAAAAUCCUAUGAAUUUCUUUCCAGAACAGAUGGUGACAUGGUGCCAGCAGUCCAAUGGCAGUCAAACCCAGCUUUUACAGAAUUUUCUAAACUCCAGUAGUUGUCCUGAAAUUCAAGGGGUUUUGCAUGUGAAAGAGCUAGGAAGGAAAUCAUGGAAAAAGCUGCACGUGUGUUUGCGGAGAUCCGGCCUUUAUUGUUCCACAAAGGGAGCUUCAAAGGAGCCCCGGCACCUGCAGCUGCUUGCCGAUCUGGAGGACAGCAACAUCUUUUCCCUGAUUGCUGGCAAGAAGCAGUACAGUGCCCCCACAGACUUUGGCUUCUGCAUAAAGCCAAACAAAGUAAGGAGCGAAACUAAAGAGAUGCGAAUGCUCUGUGCGGAGGAUGAGCAAGGCCGGAUGUGCUGGGUGAUGGCAUUCAGACUCCUCAAGUAUGGAAUGCUCCUUUACCAGAACUACAGAAUCCCCCAGCAGCGGAAAGCCCUGCUCUCUCACUUCUCAACUCCAGUGCGCAGUGUCUCGGAGAACUCCCUUGUGGCAAUGGAUUUUUCUGGGCAAACAGGACGAGUGAUUGAGAAUCCAGCUGAAGCUCAGAGCGCAGCCCUGGAGGAAGGACAUGCCUGGAGGAAGCGAAGCACACGGAUGAAUAUCCUAGGUAGCCAAAGUCCCCUCUACCCUUCAACCCUAAGUACAGUGAUUCACAAGACACAGCACUGGUUCCAUGGCAGGAUCUCCAGGGAGGAGUCUCACCGGAUCAUUAAGCAGCAGGGGCUGGUAGACGGACUUUUUCUCCUCCGUGAUAGUCAGAGUAAUCCAAAGGCAUUUGUCCUCACACUCUGUCAUCAUCAGAAGAUUAAAAACUUCCAGAUUUUACCUUGUGAGGAUGAUGGGCAGAUAUUCUUCAGCCUUGAUGACGGGAACACCAAAUUCUCUGACCUGAUACAGCUUGUUGACUUUUACCAGCUAAACAAAGGAAUCCUGCCUUGCAAACUCAAGCACCACUGCAUCCGAGUGGCCUUAUGAUCUCAAAUUUACUCUUGACUAAAGACUAGAGGAAGUUGACACUGGAAUGAAGUAGAGGUCUGUGCAUUGGUUAAGAACAUACAUCUUCUCUGCACUUUGGGAUUUGGAGGAGCAAGAUGGGUUCAGUUGGUGCCAAUCAUUCAAGAUUGACUAGUUUGUUGGACUUGACGAUUUGCUACUGCAGCUCCAGGAGGAUCGCUCCUUCCGCACUAGCCGAAUCAGAGAGGGCAUGACAGAGCAAGUGCAAAUUUGAGAAUAAACUGGAAUGACCGUCUUGACUGGGCCACAUAGGAACAAGAACAGGAGAGAAAGCAUUGGAAAUGAACUCUUGCCCUGGAAUAAUCUUGACAAUUAAAACUGAUAUGUUUA